ACCUUUGCACUAAUCGGUUGAUUGUAGUCAGGCGCUGCUUGUUUAGCAGAAACCUCAUUGGUUAAACCGUCUGUGCUCGAUCAGUAGGAACAAAAACCAGGACCCACAGCGGUCCUUGAGGACUGGUUUAGGCACCCCUGAACUAGAACCAUCGUGUACUCUUCUCAUUUCUACAUCACCUCCUCUAGGUGAUCAGUUAGUCUCCAAGAAGGCCACAAAAAACCCACGACAAUAGUCAAAAUAAUGAUCAUCAAUCGAGAUUCAAUUGGGAGUGAAUGGAGUCUUAAGGCGUGGUUGUGCCGAAUUCCGCAUUUUGUCCAACUACAAGUGAGUCAUCUCUGGAGAUAUUUUGGUCCACUCUUCCUCGGAGUAUUUUUGGAGGGAUUACCACCAUUAUAUUUCUUUCUGAUUUAAACCCAGACUUCACUCCAGCAAAAACAGAAUUGGCCUUGCGCUAAAAGACUCCAUAUGAAGUCUGGUGAGGAUUAGUGUAAUGGAUGUCCUGUCGACAAGUAGACCGCUUCAUGGGACUGCCAAACUUGAGGAGGGAUGAGGAAAUGUAUUGUCUUGCGGCCAAGGAGCCAGGUUUCAGUCAAGCAAAACUGGCUGGAAUCAUCGUCGCUGGCGUCGGUACUCUUUUCCGUACCUGAAAAGAAUGUUUGUCAAACAGGUGUCGACUCGGUCUUUCCUGGCAAUGAGAGAAGCGCCGUGGCUAGACCUCAGAUUCCACAUGUCCGUCUCAAAGUUGGACUGGCUGUCUUCACACACAAGGGUCACACCCCCUGUGGGGUCCGGCCCACUGACACACGCGUGGAAAGUUACGCUAUUUAAGAAGAACAGUGUGAGAGGGCAGACGAAAGCUUCCAGUCUUUCACCAAGGUGCGUUCACACUUGGAGACCCUUUGCAAGCAUUUUGUCCUCUCUGUGUGAAACGUCGGCGACAUGUCUGCUCAACCUGACACCACCGCUGCAGACCCUUCUCCGGCCCUCCUGACUCCUGUCGGACCUCCUCCCAAGGUGAGCAGCCGCGGGCGGGCUGCCGCUCCAGCCGCCAACUCCAACUCGGACGAAUCGGACUUCCCUGAGUUUGAGCUGUUCGGUGCAGUCGGCCCGAGAGGACUUCCACCUUUGACUGAGUUCCUUGAUAUCUGGAAUGUGGACAUGAUGAAGAAACGAGACGGGAGCAAUAAGAUUCUCCAUCACACGGGGUCGUACGAGUCCGACUACUUGAUUGUCCGGAGAGGACAAGAGUUCCAAGUCAACAUCACCUUCAACCGCCCGUACAAACCGGACAAGGACAAGUUCGCGGUGGAGUUUGUCAUCGGUUCCAGUCCUCAGUACAGCAAGAACACCUACAUUCCUGUCUUCCCCAGCGACGACAGACAGAGCUCUUGGCCGGGCCGCGUCAUCCAGACCUCUGACAACGUGCUCACUAUGGGCGUGACCCCCGCCGCCAACUGCAUUGUCGGCAAGUACCAGUUGUACGUGGCCGUGGCCACUCCGUAUGGCAUCCGCAGGACCAGAAGGGAUAGGAGCCGGUACAUGUAUGUUCUCUUCAACCCGUGGGUGGCAACCGAUGCAGUGUUUCUAAACGACGCUGUUGAGAGGGAGGAGUGCGUGAUGGCGGAAACUGGAAUCAUCUACCAUGGUUCCUAUGACGAUGUCGCAGAGAGACACUGGAACUUUGGCCAGUUCAACCACGGCAUUCUAGAUGCUUGCCUGUACAUUUUGGACAGAUCUGAGAUGCCUAUCAUUAAUCGAGGGGACCCAAUCAAGGUGGCUAGAAAGGCCUCCGCCAUGUUGGACUCUCGCGACGACGAUGGCGUGAUGGUGGGAAACUGGAGCGGCGACUACACCUAUGGGGUGGCGCCCACGGCAUGGACCGGCAGCACCGAAAUCCUCCUGACUUACGCCAACAGCAAGAUGCCAGUGUGCUACGCUCAGUGUUGGGUCUACGCUGCUGUCUUCAAUACCUUCCUGCGCUGCCUGGGUAUCCCGUCGCGAGUCAUCACAAACUACUACUCCGCUCAUGACAACGACGGAAACCUGAAGUCUGAUAUCAUCCUGGAUGAAAACGGCCGGAUAGAUCGCAGCCGUACCCGGGACUCCAUCUGGAACUAUCACUGCUGGAACGAAUGCUACAUGUCCAGACCGGACCUGCGGCCCGGCUUCGGAGGUUGGCAAGUUGUGGAUGCGACGCCGCAGGAGACCAGCGAUGGCUUGUACAGAUGCGGCCCGGCAUCCAUUCAGGCCAUCAAACACGGUGAAAUCUGCUUCCCCUUUGAUGCAGCCUUUGUGUUUGCGGAGGUGAACAGUGACAUGGUGUUUUAUACCCGACGGAAAGAUGGUACCUUGGAGCCGGUUAAGGUGAAUCGAAGCCACGUCGGUCGAAAGGUUUUGACCAAAGCUCCUGGCGCGCUGAGUAGCCGUGACAUCACGGAUCAGUACAAGUUCCCCGAAGGCAGCGCUGAGGAGCGCACGGUCCUGGAGAAAGCAGAGACGUACAACUGUAAGAGAGAGAAAUCUGAGCUCCCUCCGGCCGACGUCGACCUGCUUCUGUCCAACGUGGAAGUCAACGUCGGGGACGACUUUGAAUUGAAUCUGAAAUUCGUCAAUCGCAGCGACCAGCGGCGUACCGUGGAAGCGUACGUCAGCGGCAGCGUCAUCUACUACACGGGCGUCGUCAGCUCAGAGUUCCUGUUCACGACCCCCAGCGUCAAGAUUGGGCCGUCCAGCAGCGCGAAGGAGUCCGUGACCGUCGAAGCCAAGCGGUACAUGAAGUCGAUGGUGGAGCAGUCAAACCUGCACUUCAUGGUGACGGGGAAAGUCACCGAGACGGGACAGAUCAUCAGCGCCAUGAAAAUAAUCCGCCCGCGCAAUCCCAAACUAAACGUUAAGGUGACGGGAAUCGCAAAGGUCAGCGAGGAAAUGUUCGCAACGGUGGAAUUUACAAACCCGUUAACCACUAAUUUGGAGGAUGUCUACAUUCGCAUGGAAGGAGCGGGGCUCAUGCUUCCCAAGUUUAAGUACUACAGGCUCAUCACUGCAGGCUCGUCCCUUACUUGGAGCGAGUCCUUCACCCCGCAGAGGCCAGGAACCACCAGUCUGAUCGCCACAUUGGACUGUCCCACUCUCAGGCAGGUGCAGGGGAAGUUCACGCUCACUGUCGAGGCCUAAGGAAAUCUAGCUCUGUAUGUGCUGUCGUUAUGGUCCAACCAAAUAAAUGA